GGCUCUCCUCCACUAGCCCUACCCCGGCCCCGCUACUGCGCAUGGCACGUUGCGUACCUCCCCCCACCCCCAGCAACCGGCCAGGCGGCGCGGCCCUAAACUAAGGAGGCGGAGCUGAGACGGGGUCGGGACUGCUUGCUAACUCCAGGACCAGGCUUAAAUUUUUGAAAUUGAAGUAGGUCUACACAUUAGGAACUCAUGUCUUUUCUUGUAAGUAAACCAGAGCGAAUUAGGCGGUGGGUCUCGGAAAAGUUCAUUGUUGAGGGCUUAAGAGAUUUGGAGCUAUUUGGAGAACAGCCUCCGGGUGACACUCGGAGAAAAACCAAUGAAGCGAGCUCAGAGUCGAUAGCAUCCCUCUCUAAACAGGAGAUCAUGAGUAGCUUCCUGCCGGAGGGAGGGCGCUACGAGCUACUCACCAUCAUAGGCAAAGGAUUUGAGGACCUGAUGACCGUGAACCUAGCAAGGUACAAACCAACAGGAGAGUAUGUGACGGUACGAAGGAUUAAUCUGGAAGCCUGUUCCAAUGAGAUGGUGACAUUCUUGCAGGGGGAGCUUCAUGUCUCUAAACUCUUCAGCCAUCCCAACAUCCUGCCGUAUCGAGCCACCUUUAUUGCAGACAAUGAGCUGUGGGUUGUCACAUCAUUCAUGGCGUAUGGUUCUGCAAAGGAUCUCAUCUGCACACACUUCAUGGACGGCAUGAAUGAACUGGCGAUUGCUUACAUCCUGCAGGGGGUGCUCAAGGCCUUGGACUACAUCCACCACAUGGGAUACGUACACAGGAGUGUCAAAGCCAGCCACAUCCUGAUCUCGUCCGACGGGAAGGUCUACCUCUCUGGUUUACGCAGCAACCUCAGCAUGAUCAGCCACGGGCAGCGGCAGCGUGUGGUCCACGACUUUCCCAAGUACAGUGUCAAGGUUCUGCCUUGGCUCAGCCCAGAGGUCCUCCAGCAGAAUCUUCAGGGUUACGAUGCCAAGUCUGACAUCUACAGUGUGGGAAUCACAGCCUGUGAGCUGGCCAAUGGCCACGUCCCCUUUAAGGAUAUGCCUGCCACCCAGAUGCUGCUGGAGAAGCUGAAUGGCACAGUGCCCUGCCUGCUGGACACCAGCACCAUCCCCGCUGAGGAGCUGACCAUCAGCACCUCGCGCUCAGCAGCCAACUCGGGCCUGAAUGAGAGCUUGGCCCCCAGCACCCCCAGGACCUCCAAUGGCGACUCACCGUCCCACCCCUAUCACCGCACCUUCUCCCCUCACUUCCACCACUUCGUGGAGCAGUGCCUUCAGCGCAACCCAGACGUAAGACCAAGUGCCAGUACCCUCCUGAACCAUUCUUUCUUCAAGCAGAUCAAGCGACGCGCCUCAGAGGCCUUGCCUGAGUUACUUCGCCCCGUCACCCCCAUCACCAAUUUUGAGGGCAGCCAGCCUCAGGAUCACAGCGGGAUCUUUGGCCUGGUAACAAACCUGGAAGAGCUAGAGGUGGACGACUGGGAGUUCUGAGCCUCUGAAGAACGCUCACAUUCUCCGUCCCCCGAGGCGAGGCAUGAGCCCCGGGGGCCCUCCCCGAGGGCUGGCCACAUUUCCACCCUCCUGGGUGCAGAUUGGGUAGAAAGGACAUUUCUGCCACCAGAGUUGGCCGCUUACUCACUGGGAGAGAAAUUCCUGAAGAGAAACCUUCUUUACUGCUCCGGGACUUCUGAAACUCAAGGGAAUCCCAGGAACCAGUGAUCAGAGAGGCCGGGAAGCUGACAUUCCAUCCUGGGAGCUCAGGCGACCUCUUCAGAAGGAAGAGAUGCUAUUCUGGCCCCAGAGGGCUGAAGGCCAAGUCCAGGGUUUGACUCGUUGACCCAGGGGACUGUGGGACUUCCUCUUCUCACUCUUGCUGUCCUACCAGGCUGUUCCAUUCUCUUCCUCUGCUCUCAGAUCCUACAGGUCCAUGGAGGGGCAAAAGCAAUAAGCAACUGCCUCCCAUCCUAGCCGCCAGACCACGCCCUAAUAAUUGAAAGGAAGGGCAUUUUUUCUUGUUAAGCACCAAGUGAAGGGGCAGUCCCUCCUUAUCCCUCCCAUUGCUUGGGCUGCAAUCUAGAACUUUCCCAUAGUUCAUCGUGUGGUUCAUCCCUUCCCCACCAAGAAUCCAUCUUACUGCCUUCUGCUGGCUGCCUUGAGGCUUUCUCCAAGGCCACAAUGUCUUGCCUAGCUUGAGGAUUUAAGUCCUUAUGCCGCUUUAGUUUCAUCGCCAGAACAAAUUAAAAUUUUUGGAGAAUCCA